GUAGCUGAUCUUGACAGGAAACAGGUGAGCAUGUAGCCUAGCAUUAACCUUCCACCGUGCUUCUGUUUGCAGUGCUCAAGACUGCUAGGUCAUAUACUUAAGUUUAUAUAAUCUGAGUACAACUGUAAGUGGAGUGCUCUUAAGUUUAAAUCUCGGGUUUUAUUCAUAAAUUUUUGAGAUUUUUUGUGGUUUGCACUUAAAAUACCAUGUACCAAGGAGUUUACCUGCCAAUUUAUUACAGUAUGCUGGAGAAUGGAUGGGACACGUAGCAGCUGGAAAUCCCAUUUUUCCAAUCAAUCCAUGCCUAACGCUGGAAAUUGGUGAAAAUGAUGCUGAUAAGGUGAAACUAGGCUUCAAAACUGGCGAAGGUAAGGCCGUCAUCGAAGGGGAAGUAGUCAGCUCCUCAGGAGGAGAUUUCAAAACCGUUUUUGGCGGAAAAAAACUGUUAUAUAAAGUCUUGGCCACAGAUUAUAAAACUCAUGCAGUCAUAUAUAUGUGCGACGAAGAUACUGGAAAUGGCAAUAUUGCAGUUCAUAUGAGGUCUAGGACGCCUGAUGCUACACUAUUGGAAGAAAAGUUGGCUGCUGCACAGAAAUUGCUGUCCAAACCUCUCAGCCCGCGAACAGAGUCGGAUCACAGCAAGUGCUAAGAUUCGUUUUAGUAUAGUAGUAAUAGUAGCAGUAGUAGUAUUAGUAAGGAAAUCGAAGAAAUAUAAAAUCAAAUAAAUGCCUUCCUCAUAUUUAUUGUUUGAUUUAUUUAGCGGUAGCACUAAUCUUAUCUACAAUACGUAUUUCAUACUGCCUUUAUAUUCCGAUUUCCAAAAUAGACAGUCAUGAACUUUAAA